AUGCAUGCUUCAUUGCAACAUGUCGAUAAGAAAAGAGAAGGUUCGCAAAGUUUUGCUAAUCUUCGUAAUCGAGCUCAAUCACUAGUUCAAUCAAUAAAAGGACCAGGUGUUCAUAGUGUAAGCUACAUGUCUGCCGCUGGUUUUAAAUAUAUAGGUAAUGGAGAUACAGCUCGUUGUAUGGAAUGUGGACUUGAAGUAUCCAACUGGAUGACAGAUAUGAAACCCUUUGCUAUUCAUUUGAAUCGUCAACUGAAUUGUCCAUUCGUUCGCUCUAUGGUGCGAGUUUCUUUGUCAAAUAUGUCUGUCUUGUCCUCUUCAUCAACAACUGAUGUUCGAAAGAGAUCGAUAUCAAAUGAACAAGAAUAUUCUUCUAAACGUGGAAAAAUCGAAACGAUGGAAUCUGAAUCUGUCUCAGAUACUUUAUUUGAAUCAGAUUUACUUCAACAAGUGCGAAGACGUACUUUUUCUCAUUGGCUACAUCUUACCAUUCCAUCAAGUGAACAAAUGAUUGAAGCUGGAUUUUUCAGUUGCAAUGUUGGCGAUCGAGUGAUAUGUAUCUAUUGUAAUCUUAUUUGUCAACAAUGGACACCAUUUACAGAUGAUCCAUGUGAAGUACAUAAAACACUUUCACCUCAGUGUCUAUAUGUCAUUGCAAUGUUAAAAAGUCAGCAAAAAACAUCCGCUGUAACUAUCAAUCGGCUUUCAAAAAAUCACGAUUCAUUGACUUUGAACAGCACUGAUUCAUUCCGAUGCAAUGAGAUUACGUACACUGCUGUGUGUCAUACAAAUUUUAUUGACACUUCUAGACGGGAUGCAUCAUUUGCUACAUGGCCAAAGGAAGAUUUACCAUCAGUGGAUGAAUUAGUGCGAGCAGGAUUUUUCUAUACUGGUACAAAAACUAUUGUUACCUGUUUUUAUUGUAAUGGAUCAUUACAAAGUUGGGGUCUAAAUGAUAAUCCAAUGAUUGAACAUGCUCGUUGGUUUCCACAUUGUGCAUAUGCCCAACAAUUAUGUGGUGAGAAUUUAUAUCGUAAAAUUCAAGAAUCUAAACGAGUACAACAAGAACAUCUUAAAAUCAAUGAAUUAAAAGAAAAAGCAGGUGAUAGUGAUGCAGUGAAUACUAAUCUAAAAACAAACAGUCGGCAAUUAUUGAUACCUGAUGAAGUUACUUUAUCGAGACUUGUUGCUGCUCGAUUAGAGUUACCUAUAUCACAACGUUUAUUAGAUCAAAAUUUUAAAUUAUCUAUUAUUAAGCGAUGUUGGGAAGAUCAAUUACGACUAAAGCACAAUGACUUUGUAUCUAAGUAUGAUCUAUAUACUGCUUGUGUAAUUCUUCAAAAACAAAUUAAUCAUAUUGAUGGUAAAAAAGAAAAUAUUACUGUACCCAGUAUAAAAAUGAAAGAAUUCAAAGAACAAAAUGGGACUUGUAUACGUGAACAAACAUCAAUUGCACCUAAUGCAGAUAAGCUAGUAUCGAAUCCUGCUGAUGUUGAAAUAACUACAUCAUCCCAAUCAACAACCGGUGGUAAUGAAUAUAAAAAACAAAUAGCUAAACAAUCAAUUGCUGCUAAUAAUCAAAAUCAAUCAAUCAGUGCAGCACCACACAAUCCCUGUGUUCUAUGCCUGACAGAAGAAAAACGAUUAGCUUGCAUUCCAUGUGGUCACCUAGCCACAUGUGUCACUUGUGGUCAGUCAUUACGAUCGUGUCCAAUAUGUCGACGAGAAAUCGAAGCAUUCGUUAGACUUUAUCUCUAA